AUGGAGGAGUUCCUUCUCUCCACCCCGAUCAACCCCAAUAACUUCCCAGCCAAACUGUGGCGCAUCGUGAAUAGCCCCCGGUACCGUUCGAUCCGCUGGGAUCCCCGCGGAGAAGGGCUCAUCGUCGACCAGCAGCUCUUCGAAUCCGAGCUUCUCGCCCCGAUCAAGAACAUCAGCAAUGGUGCCAAACUGGAGCCCAACACCGACCUGCUCUUCAAAACCACAAACUUCACCAGCUUCAUCCGCCAGCUCAACCUGUACGGUUUUAGAAAGUUGGGACAAGGGAGCAGCGAGCACCCAGUGCCUGGCGAGCUGGGGGCAGGGGAUGGGCUACUUCACCACUUCCACAACCCCAGUUUUAAACAGGAUCACCCAGAGCUACUUAUCAACAUGAAAAGGUUAACUAGUGCCAACAAAGCCAAGCUGGCAGCUGGGCUCCAGGUCAACACCAGACCACCCAACCGUUUUCAGAGGUACCUCACCAACUCCAUGGACUCCAUUGGCCAGACCAAAGGAGACCGACAUGCUCCAAUAGUUCUUGGGUACCCCUGGUUAAGCCGCCAUAACCCCCACAUUGACUGGUCCACCAGGAAGAUGGUCAGCUGGAGUUCGUUCUGCCAUUCCACUUGUCUACAAUCAGCCCUUUCUGCAGUGGAAGUCACCACCACCUCGUCUGCCUCUGAAACCACUCCCCCCAACUUAUCCAAGGUUCCAGCAGAGUAUCACAAUCUGGGAAAAGUGUUUAGCAAACAACGGGCUCUUUCCCUGCCUCCACACUGCCCUUACAAUUGUGCAAUUGACCUUCUCCUUGGAGCCCCUCUACCCACCAGUCGGCUGUACAACCAGUCUGGACCAGAAAGGGAAGCAAUGGAAACUUACCUGAAUGACUCUCUUGUGGUUGGUAUUAUCCAACCCUCAUCUUCCCCUGUAGGUGCAGGUUUCUUCUUUGUGGGGAAGAAAGACAGUUCACUGCGUCCCUGCAUUGGCUACUGUGGCCCAAACAGCAUCACCAUUAUGAAUAAGUAUCCACUGCCCCUUAUCAACUCUACUUUCAAACCCCUUCACGGAGCCACAAUUUUCUCUAAGUUGGACCUGCGGAGUGCCCAUCACCUGGUCAGGAUAAGGGAGGGAGAUGAGUGGAAAACAGCUUUUAACACCCCUCUUGGUCACUUUGAAUACCUGGUCAUGCCAUUCGGACUCACCAAUGCCCCCACCGUCCUCCAAGCCCUGGUAAAUGAUGUCCUUAGGGACUUCAUUAACCGUUUCAUUUUUGUUUAUUUGGACGACAUCCUAAUCUCCCGCAGUCUUCAGGAACACACCCACCAUGUCCGUCAGGUUCUUCAGAGCCUUUUGGAGAACAAGCUGUUCGUUAAGGCAGAGAAGUGCAAGUUCCAUGUCCCUUCUGUCAGUUUCCUGGAGUACAUCAUUGAGAGUGGGCAAGUGAGAGCGGAUCCCGAAAAGAUCUGGGCGGUGGCAGAAUUCCCACUCACUUAUCGUCCUGGCUCCAAGAAUGGGAAGUCCAAUGCUCUGUCUCAUCAAUACAUCUCUGAGGAGGGCCUUCCCAACCCCGAGCCCAUCCUUCCACCAUCCUGUGAGGUGGCUGCACUCACCUGGGAGAUCGAAUCCAUAGUCAAAAAGGCCCAACGGACUCAACCUCACCCAGGACCUGUGACAGUUGGCCAACUUCAACGAACAUUCCGCAGAGAUAAUUUGUCCCCAUACCCAUUUUUGUCAUCUACACAUAAUCAAAGUUCUAACCCUGGUGGCCUAGAUCGAACCCCAAUUCCUCCACGUACGUGGCACAGCUCUAUUGGACUAAUGGCUGGACAAAUUGAUACCACCUCAUCUUCUCCAUUUUCUGAUAAAGCAAUUCCUUUUUCUGUCAUACAACGAUUUCCUACUGAGGUCACCUAUAGUCUGCAACCAAAUCCUAAUAGUGUGCAUGUUCAAGGAUCUCAAGAGAUAGGAUCUGCUGGUCAGAAAUAUACCAGUUAUCUUACUUCUCCUUCACAGUAUCAUCAGGCCUUCUAUCCAACAGCAGUCUUGCAGUGCUGUACUCCUAACUCCCACCUGGAUCCACUGGCGGGUUGUCCAAAUACAAAUGCUUCUUCUUAUCCUAACUACAAUUAUUAUCAGAAUGCUACCAUGCAGUCUUCAUAUCUUGUUGAUAUUCUACACAGCAAUGCAGCACACUGGGACUGCACUGCUACAGAUGAAUCCAAAAUAUCUGAAGUUAAUUUGGGAACUGUCUUUCAGAUAGUGGAUGAAUUAAGAGCUUCUCCAACACUUCAGAUGGUGAAGAUGGAUGACGCAGAGAAUGCAAUUCAAAUGCAAGAAUCACAGAAUACGCAACAGACACCGAGCUCUCCAACAUUUACUGAAAAUGCAGGAGCCAAUAUGCAACCAAUGGAAAUUCAGACCCUGACUACUGCGGUAUCAGAAAUUAAGUCUUUUGUGGUAGCAGCAGCAGACGAGCCACUUUCAUGUUCACUGCCAGCAGUUGCUGACAGUGUGCUUACAACUAUGUCGAAGCUAUCUGAAAAUACAACCACUGUAAGCAUUGUACCUGAACCAGUAGCUUCUGAUCAGUGUCUAACACAAGAUGAGGUGCAUAAGCUGUGCCACAAUACAUCUCUCCAUUCAAUAAUGUUUGUUGAGGAUGGAACACAAUCCAUCUCUGAAACAACAGUACAUGGUACUAACUAUCAUACUGGCUCUUUGGAUCCUGUCCAGACCUCUGAUCGAUCAAGAACCAUUAUUUCAGCACUACUUUCUGACUUCGACUUACCUAAAGAUACAGUUACAGCUAAUACAAGACAACAAAAUAGUGGCCAACAGGCUAAGUCUCCUGAUCUUCAUCUUCUAGUAGAUGUGGCCUGUAACCAGGAUCACUUUCAAAAAGAGGAGGAUAUCUGUGUUUGGGAGACAGAAGCCAGCCAUUCUCCUCAGCUUUCACCUUAGCCAUUUGACUACUAC